AUGGGUCGAAACACCGCGGCGGGGAAGGCCACGGAAGGUCAAGCUCGUACCGAGGGCGGGGCUGAGAGUGAAAUCAGCUGCAUUAUCACUAGCAGCUGUGAUGGUGGCAGUAACAGCAAUGAGAGCAGCAACAGCGUCAGUGACGGCCGAAGAACGCGUGGCGCAAAAGGGAUCCAGGAUGCUGCCUCUGGCUGCAACGACACAACUACAGUGGUUGCCGGUAACAGCCGCAGCAGCAAACUGAGGGGAAACAGAACAAGUUUCAAGGAUUUACCUCAUGACAGCAAAGAAAGCAGUGCCUCUUCAAAGGAAAACAGUAUCAGUAGCGCGCCCAGCGGUAACUGGAAUCGUAACAGCAGCGACAGAAACAGAAGCACAGGAGACAGCAACAGCAUCAGCAGCAAAAACAAAGUGCAGCUGCUUCGUCCCGUGGCUCUUGCAACCCCUAGAAUAUCCCUUAGCCUUUUGCACAGCACGUCUUUACCCAAGGCCUCUUCGUACAGCCCUCCUCAAGUCCCCUUAUCUGUUCAGGGCGCAGAUGAGCAGAAGAGCGGCAGUUUAGCACAGCCAGCAGAAACAGUAGGAAAUUCUCUUCCUCCUGCCUUCAGUCACCUUUCUCUGGGUCGGCAAGCCCCCACACCCCUACUUAAGCCACUCAACAAGCCAAGUGGUCCAUCAGUGGAAGACAGGGUCUUCCUGGAUACAACAGCAGCACCUGGAGUCGUCAGCUUGCAACCUGUUGAACCUGCUAGGGAAUGUGUACCGCUGAGCAGCAGCAGCAACACACUGAAUGUACCUGGCGAAAGGGACGACAGGAAAGUAGCGGAAGCAGUGGCUGCAGGUGGCUUGCCUCUUUCUAUGGCUUCGGUUGCAAUGCAGCAGAAGAGGCCUGUGAGUGAUGCCUCUCUGAUCUGUACGGACAUAUCUGUGCUGCAAAAAGCGGAAAAAGAGAGGCGUCGAGUUGCAGAAAAGCAGCAACUGCGGCAGUGGUUCAACAUGCCCCUAACGGAAGUAUCCCCACAGAUGCAGAGGGAGCUGAAAGCUCUGCAGCUCUGGGCGCAUGCAAACAGCAAGACGUUCAGUGGCCGUAACAGGGAGCCCGUGGUGCCCAUGGUGAAGCAGAAAGGCAACAGCAGUGGCUUUCCUAUCCAUGCUGCAUACAUGGGAGUAGCUCGUGUUGUGGGAGGAGGCCUCCGCGGAGUCGGGGGAGGCCUCGAAUCGCAGGCCGCUGGUACGGCCAACAAGGGACCGAGAGGGAGGGGAGGGGCUUCUUCUGUGCUUCAGGAGAUGCUCAGAGACCCAAAUGUAGCUAAAUGGACAAGAAAAAAGUGCAGAGAAAUACGACAGAAUAACGCAAACAGGAUCACGAAGGUAGUGCCACGAAGGAAUAAAAGGCUCAAGAAAUGA